UGGUAAUGAAACGUCACGUGAUGACGUCACUGGCCUACUUUUCGAUGUCUUGUGACGAAAGGAAUUUGAAGCAAACAGGAUAUUGGAAGAAAGCUAAUGUAUUAUUGUUUGCUUCGUUGGAAUUAGUCUUUCAAUUGAUGACCCUAGCCUAUAUUUCAAACGUAGGAGAUUACUGUAGUCUUAUAUGAUAAAGAUAAAAAUAGAACAUCAGUUCUUAACCACCGAAUACCUGUUAGAUUCGAGAUCUCAUUGGUCAGUUUUAUUGAUCUUCGUCGGUGACAUAAGCAGAACUAGGGGAUGGAUUGUUACCAUGGCAACUGGGAGGAGCUUCAGUCGGGCGAUAGAGAGGCUGCGAGGCAUAGACGACUGCUCUUUGGAACGAUUACUUGGCCUCAAACUGCUGAUUUGUUCUUUAAUCCAGAGAUAAAUGGAUGUGAAAACACUAUAUAUAAAAUCUUUAUAUCGAUAUUGAUAGAUAAAAAUUGUCUUUCAGUGGAGUUGUUGGGAGCCAUGCCUUGGGUCUAUGGACGAUUAUCUUUCCACGUGCGAACACAAUGGCCUGAUUAUUGGACCCACUGCGUAACAGGGAGUGGAGUUAGUUGAUCUUAUUGCCUCGAUGUCUUCGUUGUGCUUCGUGUGUGAAUUACCUAUUUUGACCCAUCAAACAUGGGGUAAUUGGCCAACAAUCAUCGAGAAUCAAACAGAAGAACAAGAACAAGAACCCGUAGAUUUGGGUACCAGAGGUUCUACUUAUCACGAGGAUUGCUUGAAUUGUGAAACAUGCGGUUUCAGAUUGACUGGCUCGAAUUUUCAACGAGCCAGAAGAUACAAAGACAAGAUAUAUUGCUCCUUACACUAUGCUGAUGUUUCGGGCCUUGUUAGUGGUGAAGAAUUUAUGCAAAAAUUACGCGAAUUUAAAAGGCAGAGUUUAGGUUGUGCAGAAGCUCGUCGAAAAAGUUCUACAACACUCCAAUUUCCGACUCCCGUCCAAGCAUGUCCAGGAAAUGGGAGUUGUCCUUCUUAUUCUCAUUUUGUUAAACCAACACCUGGUUAUUGGAUAGAGUGCAGUGGAAGUAACUCGCUUAAUAAAAAUCCUUCUGACUCUAGUAAUUCCGGUAAUGUUACUAUAACAGUUAAUAAACUGACUAAAACAGGGAGUAUCGAUGGAUAUAAUUUUGAACUAAUGUCUUUAGAAGAAGAAACGUAUGAUAAAUAUUUCUACGGUACAGAACAUUGGAAUUAUUUUACAAAUGACGAAGCUCUGGGUCCUGUAAUUCUAAGCAUCAAACAGGAAAAUAUUAAUAACAGGGACCAAUUUAGGUAA